AACAUAUUACUGCAGUCUCCGUAGUCCAUCAAGUAAUAGAAAAAGAGCCAUGGUACUUAAAGGAAGAUUCAAGACAAUUGACUUAUAUUGCAAUUACGUCCAUAAAGAAUCUUUAUGAAGAGGAUUCAGAAAAAUAUAAGAAACUCUGUGAGAUUCCUUUUAAGUUUGAUGACGCUUUUGAAGGGGUGUGUAGCCUUCGAGAUAUCGAUUUAGCGAAGCGGGUAGAACAGGUGUCCAUUGAAGAGAUUGAAACGAAUUUCCUUUCAUGGAAGGAUCCAGAAGCGAAUCAAGUAAUUAGUAGCGAUUCAGAAAUUAUAAAGCGUCUAUCUGAGGAGACAGAAGAUGAAUAUAAAAAUUAUAUGGAGCCGGUAAAACACAUGGAAGGAUCGAUCCCCCUUCAUGUUAAAAAUAUAUGUAAUGCAUUUGUGUCAGAAGAAGUUCUUGUGGAGGUUGCGACUGGAAUUCUCGAUAUAAUUGGAGGUGCCUGGAAGAAUCCAGCAUUUGGGGAGAAAUUCGCAAAAUCACAAAGCGAAGGGACAUAUGUGACAGAUAUUAUAGUCCCUUUAGUGAAAGCUUCAUUAAAAAAACUAUCAAUAAAGAGUUCCGCUUUUGUUAGCACAGCGGAACGACAGAGCAUAGCAAGUAAAGAUCGACGGGGGAAAACUGGAAAACGCCCUGAUAUUAUGUUUAUGGUAAAACGUGGAAGAAAAAUAUAUGAAUUAAUGUUUGCCGAAUGCUCUCGUCUUUUUUGUGAUAAAGAGAAGGAAGAUAAUGAUUGGGUAAAAUUAUGGAGAGAAAUGAAUGAUGGGUGCAAGCCGAAAAAAGAAAAAUUUGGAAUUAUUGGAAUACAAGUUGCUGGACAAAAGCUUCAUCUGUACGUUCUCAUUCGGGAUGGAGAUGGGAUAAAUAGGCUUUUUAGACUACGUUCAGUGGAUAUCCUGAUACAAUUUACAGAUAAAUAA